GCUGCGGACCAACACAGGCAUGGAGACGCGAGCUGGCUGCGUUUUAGUUCCCCUCGCCGAGAGAAGACGGCGUCGAUUUGCAGAGAAUACAGCUGUUGUGCAGUCUGUGGGAUAAAAAAAGAGGGCAUUCAGCGUUUGGUCGCGGAUAUUUUCGGCUCCAGAAAAACGCUUCUUUGUGAGCAUGGGCGGCGUUUUCCGUCUGUGCUCGGCCGAAGGAAAGAAUCAGCUUGUUUAAGGGGCAGAGAAAGGAAAGAGCUCGGGGUGUUCGUGCAAACUCAGGAAACAAGUCGACUUCAUGCAUGUUCUCGUUUUCACCGCUGGAUACUUCCUCGGCGAUUAAAGCACAACAUACGACUCUGCAACAUUUCCAUUCGUCCUUUUUUACGCAAGGAUCGCAGGAUGCGGCGGAGCAUCCGGAGCUAGAAAUCCAUGAGCCCGGACAGCGAUCCCCCUGGUCUGGAGAAGGGCCAGCAGGUCGGGCUAGCUUUGUGUGUCGGAGGACUUUUAAAGGGGGAUCACCGUGCAUGUAUCGCCGCUUGAGAUCAAACGCGAUGCGUGGACAGAUAAUGCAUCGGCCCGACCACAUCGCCUCCACCCCUGCAAGUUCCCCAGCGCCGUGCGGCAUGAUGGGGCGUCAAAUGUGUGCUUAGGUGACUCCUCGAUGUCCCGUCUCACUUUAGAGAAAGGUGAGAUUGAGGCACGAAACUGUGUGCGCCGACAUGGAUAAACUCACCGUGAUAUCAGGAUGCCUCUUCCUCGCCGCAGACAUCUUCGCCAUCGCCAGCAUCGCCAACCCGGACUGGAUCAACACUGGAGAACCAGCUGGCUCUCUGACGGUGGGUCUGGUCCGGCAGUGCCAGACCAUCCACGGCCGAGACCGGACCUGCAUCCCCCCUCAGCUCCCCCGGGAGUGGAUCACCACGCUCUUCUUCAUCAUCCUGGGCAUCAUCUCCCUCACCGUCACCUGCGGCCUGCUGGUGGUGUCACACUGGCGGCGCGAGGCCACGCGCUACGCCCGAUGGAUUGCCUUCACAGGAAUGGUCCUGUUCUGUAUGGCCGCUCUCAUAUUCCCCAUCGGCUUCUACAUCAGCGAGGUGGGGGGCCAGCCGUAUAAGCUGCCCAACAACACCGCGGUGGGUUCCUCCUACGUGCUCUUCAUCCUGUCCAUAUUCUUCACCAUAGUGGGACUGUUGUUCGCCGGGAAGGUGUGCUUGCCCGGCUGACGUACACUCCUCCUCCUCCUCUUUUUGAAUCCUUGGAAGAAAAAAAAAACGCCACCACGGGAGGUAGAUUUUUUUAUUUUUUAUUUUUGUCAGAACUGACUCUCCUGUGGCAGUGUCUUUUAGAAAGCUGUUUAGGAGCUGUUGAUUUGCAACAAAACUGAGAGGCCUGUUAGUGUUUUUUUUUUCUUCUCUUCCUCCUUUCGAAUGAAUCGUCACGAUAGCUGGGGCCGAAACGGGCGUGGUCAAACGCCCGCGUGCCGCUCACCGAGGCCGAGCGGGUGCGGAAGUGGCGUUGGUCCGCCCAGAACGAUGGGUUUGAAGCGAGGCGGGAGGAAACGCUUUCAGGGGAGCCUUGCAUCUUUAUAAACACGAACGACGCAUUACCCCUCUUUGGGUCAGCCAAGUCGAUGGCCGUCUCCAGUGUGGCGGCCAUUCUUCCCUGACAAGUGAGGAUCUACAUCAUGUACAUUGGAGCUUCAUUUCUCCACACACUUAUUUAAUACUUCAUUUGUAAAUGUGUUUUUUUUUUUUUAGACUGAAUGUGUUUCCUGUUAUUAAUAUGUGUUGGUGGAUCACUUUGCCUUAAAGAUGUGUUAAAUAACUACAAUAUUUUUGGAAUCUUAGUUGGCAGUUUCAGUAUCAUGGGAUCAGUUCAAGCUUCCUGGACGCAUUAAAUCAUUUAGCAUUAACGUGGAAUAUAAAAGACGCCAUCAUCAUCAACAUCAUCAUCCCCAUCCCCUGAUCUUCUCUCCGAUAGUUGCCAGUCCAGCGCUUCCAUUUAUUACUAUUAAAGUGAAUUUUUGGGGUGAGUCAACAGGAGCUGCUUCGGCGGUGACGCCGUGUGAGCAAAGACUGACAUCAACAGGUCCAAACUUGAGCCUUUCUAGAGCGUUUCCUGUUUAAACACCGCACCACAAAUGACUUGAUUCACGACUCUCUGUUUUAUACGUCUGAGGCGCUCGCAUUUCUGUGUAAACGAAGAGACGGCGUGUGUCGUCGUCUGGGUGCACUGGGAUGUUUGUGAAUGAGCAUGGAAGAUGUGAUCUCAUUAAAAAAAAAAAAAAAAAAGGAGUCAUUGGAAUACAAAUUGUCUUAUUUGUAACAUUUCUAAUAAUUGCGGUUCCGUGUGAGUGUAGUUUUCCUUCCUUCCUCUUUUUAUGGCCUUUUCAGAGACAAAUACAGUAUUUCAAGGUGGAACUAAGUUUUUAAGGAGGCUAAAUGUAGUCGUCAGUUUGCGUUUAAUGAUUAAUUGAGCUUGACUGGUGCAGAAGACAUUAUACUUGUCCCAAGUGGGAGAGAACUAAGCAAAAAAAAAAAAGAAAGAAAGUAGUUCUUUCAACUGUGACCAUUCAUACAUACUGGUAUACAAACUGGUAUUUUCUUCAAGAGAUGGGUCAAUAUAUAAUUACGGGACUUUCCGAGUUUAACAUAGUUGACAAGUGGCAUAGUUGUUUUCAGGCCUAAAAUCAACAUGGCCGCCUAUAACCAAUCAGCACAUGGCAUUUUUACUGAAAGAUUCUUAUAGAUAUUAUAUAUACAACUGAGUAAAUUGAAAUUAAGUUAUUUAUAAAUAUGCUGUAUUAACACGUGAUAAAUCCACACACUACUUCAGGUCAUGUGAUGUGGAUUUAACGCACUUCCUUGAGAGGUGGAAUGUAAUGGCGGAUACAAUUUGUUAUUUUCCGUAUGAAAUUUGAUAUGUUGGCAAAAAAACAAAAAAAAUGUCACGAUUACCUCAACUUA